UUCGGUAAGUCGCGUGUCACCGCCGAUACAAAUAUGGACUAUGCACCAUAGCUAGUAUUCAAUCAACGUCUGGUAUUCCGGUAUUUCGUCUGACCGAUGCUAUUCUCGAUUCUGGCAUAGUAGCACACCCGUGCGUUCAUUUAUCUGGUUUCAAAAUUAAGGUGGAAUAAUAGAUGAAAGGUCUCGCGGUCGUGAGGUGAGAACGAAGAAUUUUGAUCAACGGACAGUCGUGUAGAAGGAGGGGAGAAAAAAAAGGAGACGAUUAUCCAUACAAAAGAAUGGCUCGUGAAUUCGUCAGGAAAGAUAAGAAUCGCGAGAAUCGUCGGAACGUGUUUGAACCGAUGCCGUACCGAAAUAACACAACUUUGCUAAACGCGAAGGCGGGCUACGCGAAAUAUAGCCGCGUAUAUUUUCUCACCGAGAAUCUCGAGACAAUCGGACUUUUAGAAGUUUCCAGUUUAAUCGCCCAGCUGACUACGCGUACGUUUCUUUCCAGAUAUUUACGAUCAUCUCGAAAGAAUCGUUCAAAGUAGGCGCGAUAUAAGCGCGCGUAACGCUUGUCAUCUAUAGCGAAGAUGGAUCAAAGUACCUCGCGAUAAUCUCGCUAGAAUUCGAUCGAACGGUGAAAGGGAGCGUGUUAAAAGUGAAAAAUAAAAGAAAUAUCAUCGAUAUCGGUAAUCGAGUCUGACGAUUAAUAAAAUAGACAAGAUCUAUGAGUCUACGAUGGGCAAAGUAAGGCUCGCAAUCGGUUCUGUUCAAAGUAUGCAACUACUCGGUAGGGAGGGAGGGAAGAUAUCGGGAUGAGCAGAGGAAAGCAGAGCAGAGCAUAGCCGAGAAGAGAAGAGGAGAGGCGAUGGAAGAAACGGAACAUUAUGCUGGUUGUGUCAGUCGGAUGCCAGUGGAACGCGACGAACGACUCGCGUUCUGGCUGUAUCAGCUCGUCGUCAGAGAAGAACGCAGGAGCGAUUAAUAAACGAAUAAACUCGCGGUGCCGUUUAAAUCGCAACAACGGAUCCGAAUUGUUCGCUAAAAAAGCUGAUACAAUCCCGAGAAAUUACAAGCAUGAAGUUACUCUCGAUUUCCAGCGAGCCGAAUCUUUCGAAUCGUUCGAAUCUUUCAGGUAUCCCGACCAUUCUACCACUUUGCAGCCAAGGAAUGUAGGCGACGAAAGUACAGAUCAGAAUAACAAUAUAACUAUGACGAGCGAGGAUUUACUACAGCCUGGCCAUGUGGUCAAAGAACGUUGGCGAGUCUUUAAAAAAAUAGGAGGCGGUGGAUUUGGGGAGAUUUACGAAGGCCUAGACUUAAUAACCAGGGAGCAGAUAGCGUUAAAAGUUGAAUCAGCUCGUCAACCAAAGCAGGUUCUCAAGAUGGAGGUAGCAGUGUUGAAGAAACUUCAAGGUCAAGAACAUGUAUGCAGAUUUAUAGGAUGCGGUCGUAACGAUCGAUUCAAUUAUGUUGUAAUGCAGCUGCAAGGAAAAAAUUUGGCAGAGUUACGCCGGGCCCAGCCACGAGGUUCUUUCUCAUUAUCCACUACUCUUCGUUUAGGACUUCAAAUUUUAAAAGCAAUAGAAAGCAUACACUCAGUUGGAUUCCUUCACAGGGAUAUCAAGCCAUCAAAUUUUUCAAUUGGACGGCUUCCACGAGAUUCGAGGCUAGUUUAUAUGUUAGACUUUGGUCUAGCUCGUCAAUUUACAACUGGCACCGGUGAAGUCAGGCCACCUCGUAGCGCAGCAGGAUUUAGAGGAACCGUCCGGUACGCAUCGGUGAAUGCGCACAAAAAUAAAGAAAUGGGCAGACACGAUGAUCUCUGGUCUCUAUUUUAUAUGCUAGUAGAGUUUGUCAAUGGGCAACUUCCAUGGCGAAAGAUAAAGGACAAAGAACAGGUUGGCCUCAUGAAAGAGAAGUACGAUCAUCGAAUACUUCUGAGGUAUCUUCCCCCCGAGAUUCGAGUAUUUUUAGAACACAUUCAGAGCCUGGAAUACGCGGAUAAACCAAAUUACGCGAUGCUGGCUGGUCUGUUUGAACGUUGCAUGAAACGUCGAGGAAUAAAAAUGAACGAUCCUUACGACUGGGAGAAGCCAUCGAGAUCCAACGAAAGCUUACCCACUACCAAAUCUCUACCCACAGUUACCGUACCCCCAGUGUUGACUACAGCGACUACUAUCAAUCAACCACCAACCACGCCGAACGUUGAUACGAACAAUCAAGAGAACGUCGAACCCGAUAACAGAAAGGAAUUAGAUGCGCAAAUGGAUUACGAAAGUAUAUGUAGAAGAAAUAAACAACGCGGGGUAGAAGGAUCAUCCGUACCAUUUACAUCAGCUAUCAGUAAUCAUGGCCGUGAUAAGAACUGUAACGCUACGAUACCUACGAUGGACAAUACUCAUCAGCAAACUGGACAACAAACUCAAGAUUCGCCGAAGAAAAGACGCGCCGUUUCGAUGGCCGCGGAACCUCAGACCGGCACGGUUACAACAGAGAAACGAGUGGACAACGAAGGAGACGCGUUAAUGGCAUCCGCUCGUUCCGCAUCGGAUGUUCCUCGUAACAAAGUUGGAGCUAAUGCCGCGGCACCGCUUCGGAAAUCUGCCAGUGGUGCGACAUUCGCUCGAUUGCGCGUUACGCCUGCACCAGCUGAAACAGCACCCGGAGAACCGCCCAGUCCUCGAGUACAAACCGAAGUCGAUGCUUCUUACUGUUCCUACGACGUUACCGAGCAGAGGGAACCGCUGAAAAGAGAAACGCGAAGAAGAACGGAUGGAAGGCAACAGACAAGAGCCAGUCGUGCCGCGAUACGAGAUUGUUCCAUCACUCAGUUUGCGCAAAUAGACGACGACAACGUGUCCGCGUUGCAACAAGUAACCAAGGGUGGCGGUGGUCUAACAUUGGCUUCCCAAUGGAAGUCGCAGUUCGACGAUUCCGAGGAGACCGACAACGAAUGGAAAGGAGAAAACUUGCAGAGUCCCGAACACAAAGGGACCGCUAAUAUACCGAUUAUAGCUCCCCAGUCGACAGUUGUCAGUGAUGCUGUGACUACCGCAACUUCAGUGCCUGCGUCUAACGAUGCGAAAACAACAGUGGCUCAGUCGACUACUCCAAUCGCGACUCAUCAACAUUCGAUAAUACCGACUGCUUUAUCACGCAUAAGCGAAGACUCACCGAAACCCACGACACCUCACAGAUGUUUGAACAUUGCCGGUAUCGAAAAGUAUCCGGAUCUUCAAGGGGCACUUCCGCGCGCUUGGAGCGUACCAGCUUUAGCGCCGCACGUGCGCGCUUAUCUCGAAGCGCCGUUGGUUCAACAAGCCGCGUUCGACGAUUUACUGUACGAAAUCGACGUAAUGAGAAACAUCGCCUCGCGUUACGACGAACCGCGGCAAAGUCCUUCACCGCGGAGAGCGAGCGUACCGGCAGUCGCUUUUUCGCCACCUAACACGAUACCGAGCACGCCUGGAGGCGAAGAGGAGGAAGAAGCGGUAGCCGGAAGAUUGGAGAUUAGGGUAGUGGACGCGACGGGUGGUGCGACCGUUGUUCAAACCACCGCGGAUAAAGAACCAUUGCAAAAAAAAAUGACAAAUGGUACCACGGAUGGUCCAGCUAGCCCUAAUCCAGGCUGCGAAGAACCAUCGGUAUACGACGAUGCCGUCGAAAAUCGGGUACCCGUCGAUGCGGUCGUGCAUAAGGAGAACAGUACUGUCACUUCCCCGGCUACCAUACCGAACACGGUACCGCUCCGUGAAUAUAAGGACAAUAAAGAAAAGGAGGCACCUUGUAGGACUCACAAUACUAUCAGUAAAAUUCCGAUCCCGGUUAAAAGUCCUCGAUGUUCGCUAUCAGAAUCUACUCUAGAAACGAAUACUCAGAAUACCAGGAGUGGCGUGGGAACUGAAGUAGACAAAUCGUCCACACCCGCGGCUAUAACCAGGGAAAAAGAUGCUACUAGCAAAGGCAAACCCUUGACAGUGGAGGCAUUGGCAUUACGACGCUGCGUGACUUUACCCGAUGCACGGCCGACCUAUUCACCCUUAACGUCGGCUAAUUCGACAGAAGAUGAAAAUCUAACCGGAUGCACGCCUGCGUUACGUCGACGAAGACAAAGCGAAAAAUACGUGACGGACUCCAGUCAACUGAACCUGCGGUUCCAGAGACCGCAACGUAGAGUCAGGCCGAAUUCCGAGGUAUUGUCUGGAUUCUCUCCGAGAGGCGUACCCUCUCAUCUCCUCGGAGAGGCAGCUAAGCGAACCGAAGAAAGUAGCGAUAACGAUUCAGAUAGUAGCGGCCCGACGAAUGCUCAACCUCCGCCACCUCCUACGUCUCUGCCACCUCAUGUUGCAGAAAAUAACGCUAGAUGCCGCAGAUUUCGACCUAUACCAGACGCGACAAUAAUCAGCAGAGAAUCGUGAGGUAUAGCAUUUAUGGGAACGAAAGUAAAUCCUUCUUUAUAUGUCACGAUCGGCAGAAGUUUGGCGGUCUGCUCGUUCGAAUAGCACCGGGAAGCCUUUCUUUCUGUACGAGAAAGUAUCAAGUUGUCGACGAUUCGAGUCAAUGUCUUGUUAUAAAAUCUUAUCAAGACUUUCGUCGGGGGAGAGAGAUAGAGAGAGAGUUAUAGAAAAAUCUUGCCACGGGAGGAACAACCGUUGCUUUUCUUUUAUCGGCAAAGCAAUUCUCGGUUUAUGCGUGUUGUUGUGUCUUCAAGGGAAAUCAGUACCGACUCGGUGAAUACACGAGAUAUCGAUCUUGUAAGAGUCUGUACGUCGAACGAACUGAAAACUCCUAACAUGUAAUUAUCUAUAUACGCAUAUUUAUUUUUAACGCAAAACUCUGUUGUAAAAGACGGUUGUACGAAUUGGUGGUGCUUCAAAGAUUAUAUUUCCUAGUCUAUAAAUGUAUCCGAUGAUACGAUAAAUACUAUUUAAUGUUUAACGCGUUCGUUGCGGCUCACGCGGCUGAUACGCGAGGCUCCUUCGUUAUUAUUUUCUUCUCGACUAAUACCGCAACGAGCGCGUUAAGUCGUACACGUUACCAAGUUACAAGAACGAUGCGGAUCGUUUACGGAGAGAAAAUUUUUGGAAGAGUAGUAGUACCGUUAACCAAAGGGACGUAUUCUGACGUAUUCUUCCUUCGCGUAACUUCGUCGUCUCUCUAUUAUCGCUUCUUUACUUUGUAACUUUAAACGUUGCCCCGUCCCGCUCGAAUAUUUUUUUAUUUUCCCCGCGAUCACCGUGUUCGUAUUUAUUUCUUUAUUAUUUAUCUAUUGAAAUCUCGUUGUCCAAUAACGACGUACGGUAAAUCAGAAUUGUAUUUGAUAUUUUCUUUUUUUUUUUCUUCCAUCAUGAAAACGAUCAUUGUGCUUCGUGCAAAUAUUUAAAUAUUAGUUUCAGGUAAAUGUUUUUUAAAGCAGACGUUGCAACGAGUCUCUUUAAAGAACCACCACGAUCAUCAGUAGAUCUUAAAAAGUUACGAAAAGAAUCGAUGCGAUAAAAAAUAAGUUAUGUUUUUAAAAGAAAAAAAGAAAAUGUAUCUCGUCCGAAUUAUCGUUUUGUGGGCGUGUAACGUGUUAGAAAAUCACUUAUACUAAGGUUGUCAAGAGGGACGAUGAGUCCAGCUAAGAUCUCGUCAACGUAAGCAAUUGAGUUAGAACGAUUGUUAUUAUCAGAAUUAAAACGAGAAAAACGAUAUAAAAAGUGAAUAAGUACUCGAAGAAAUUGCUAUAGCUAGAUUACGUAUAAUUACAUAUUUGUCUUGCACUUCCCCGGUAACGCGAUUUUUUCAGACAGUUACAAGUCCGCAGUCGAAAGAAAACCUAGUGAUACAUAAAACUAGUCAAGUAGAAUCCUCUAGUAUUCUAUUGAUGAAACCAAAUUCGCGUAUAGAGUUAUACAUACUGUACUUGUACAAAGUAGUUAAGGGUUUAUUUUGUGCAAUGAUCGAAUUAACGUUAACAAUACGAUGAGAUAGUUUUAAGUUGACGCCGUGAAACAUUGUUUCGCGAUAUAACAAAAGUAAAAGUAAAGAAAUUAAAAUAAUAAUGAGAAAAAUACAAAAGAAAGAAAAAAAAAAUAAACAAAAACGAAGAAAAGAGAAUGUGCAGUAUGCGCAAAAACAGAAUAUACCGAGUCGUCGUAGACGCCAGCAAACAACAGAUUGAUAUAAGCCUGUAAUGAAUGCUCAUCAAUUACGUACGUGUGCAUACGCGUCUACGUAUUAUACAUAUAUUAUCAAAUCCGCGCGCUCGUCUUUCGAACUUAAUUAACUGGAAACAAUGCGAAAUCCUUUUUGUGCGAACGUACACAAGUCAUAAAGUUACGACAGGAAAGCGCAAGCAAAUAAACUUUUUGUGUAAAUCGGUAACGAACUUGUAAUCAAAGAUGAAAAAUGUACGUUUUGAAUGUAAACAAACACGCAUAAUACAGCUCAUUGGACGUAUUCUCUAAUUUAGAUUUGUAAUCUAAAAGCAUCGUAGGUUACUUAUAUCAUUCACUUUGAAAGUUCGCACCUUCACAACAAUAAAGAGAAAGUGUUUCGUUUUCGAAAUUA